CACAAGCCUACAGCAGCUGAAAAGGCAGAGCUCAUCCUACAUCCUAAGACCUAGGCAAUUUUCCUUGACCGACACAUACUUAAGACCUAUUACAAGCUAAGGAAAAGCCAUUGCAGGUAGAUGGGUCGUAUUAGACUGAAUGUGAAUGGGAUCUCAUUAUUAUUGUGGAAAGGAAAGAAAAGGAGCUGUUAAAAAUUUCAUGUCAAAUAGCUGUUCCUGUUUGACAGUGCAUCAUCUUCUGCCUGACUUGGAGAGAAGGAACUCAGAACACCAUGAGUGAUGAUUCAUGUCAUCUUUUGUAAUGCCCAGGCAUCUUGCCCAUGAUCUAUCCUAAAAGGGAUUUUACUGUACACAUAGAAGAAAACAACAUUGUAUGUUCAAAUUUCGGAUAAUAGUAAAAGGUCAUCCAUAUUUGGAUGGUAAAACUAUAUUUGCAUUGUUUUGUAUUAUUGCAGCGGUUUUUCGGAAACCUGUUUUCAUUGUUAAUAUGGAACACUAGCACAUAUCAUUUAUUUUGUUUUGUAGUAAAAAUAUUAUACGUUGGCCCCUUAUCUCUACAAUAGUUUAACAAACAAUAUAAGGGUUAUAUUUUGUUGGGUAGAUACACACUACAGUCAAUCUGGAAGAUAUACGCAAUUUAAAGGACCCUCAAGACAUCAAGUCAUUAACCAUGGCUAGUGUCCUUAAACAAGGGGGCCUUAUAAUUUGGAUGAUCUUAAUCCUUGGAUGCAUGGUGGAUAUGGGCUGCGGCCUGGAAUUUCCAGGAACAGAAGGUCAAUGGACUCGAUUCCCUAAGUGGAAUGCUUGUUGUGAAAGUGAGAUGAGUUUUAAUCUGAAGACGAAAAGGUCGAGCGGGCUUAUCAUUUACUUUGAUGACAAAGGAUACUGUGAUUUCUUAGAGCUGAUAUUAUAUGAAGGGAGGUUGAAGCUGAGUUUUACCAUCUUCUGUGCUGAGCCUGCUUCACUCCUGACAGACCUUGCUGUAAAUGAUAACAACUGGCACUCUGUAGUAAUUAAGAGAAACUUUAAAAACACAACAUUAAUUCUAGACAAGCAAAGUAAGUGGGUAGAGGUAAAAUCAAAUAGAAUAGAUAUGAUAGUUUUCAGCAACCUUUUUAUAGGUGGGAUCCCUCCAGAUGUACAGAAACCAUACUUAACAUUUCCAGAAGUAAAAAACAGUGGUACCUUUGAAGGCUGGAUAAGGGAUAUUCGGGUUAAUUUCACAGACUCAUCUCCUAUAUCUAGCAACCACGUUAAGAUGGAGGAUGAACCAAACCCUUGUGCCAAAGACAAAGUGUGUCUGAAUGGCGGAGUAUGCUCAGUUGUGAAUGAAGAAGCUAUGUGUGACUGUUCCCAGACUGGUUUUCAAGGAAAAGACUGCAGUGAAGGUCUGGCGCACCUGAUGAUGGGCGACCAAGGAAAAGAAGAUUAUAUUGCUACAUUUAAAGGGUCUGAAUAUUUCUGCUAUGACUUGUCCCAAAAUCCAAUUCAAAGUAGCAGCGAUGAGAUUACCCUAUCAUUUAAAACUAUGCAGAGGAAUGGACUGAUGCUUCACACCGGAAAAUCAGCAGAUUAUGUCAAUCUCGCGUUGAAAAAUGGAGCUGUCUCCUUAGUCAUUAAUUUGGGGUCAGGUGCCUUUGAGGCUUUAGUGGAACCAGUGAAUGGAAAAUUUAAUGACAAUAACUGGCAUGAUGUGAAAGUUACGAGGAAUCUGCGUCAGCACGCAGGCAUUGGACACGCUAUGGUAAACAAACUACAUUGUUCGGUAACAAUUUCAGUGGAUGGAAUUCUGACCACAACAGGCUACACUCAAGAAGACUACACCAUGCUGGGGUCUGAUGACUUUUUCUAUGUUGGAGGUAGUCCCAGCACAGCUGAUCUUCCAGGCUCACCAGUCAGUAACAACUUUAUGGGCUGUCUUAAAGAGGUUGUAUAUAAAAACAAUGAUGUAAGGUUGGAAUUAUCACGACUAGCCAAGCAAGGUGAUGCCAAAAUGAAGGUUCAUGGUGUAGUUGCCUUUAAAUGUGAAAAUGUUGCAACUUUGGAUCCAAUAACGUUUGAAACACCAGAGUCUUUUAUUUCUUUACCAAAAUGGAAUGCUAAGAAAACAGGGUCAAUAUCAUUUGAUUUCCGCACAACAGAGCCUAAUGGGCUUAUACUUUUCAGUCACGGUAAACCAAGACACCAAAAAGAUGCUAAGAAUCCACAGAUGAUUAAAGUUGACUUUUUUGCCAUUGAGAUGCUUGAUGGUCACCUUUACCUACUUUUGGAUAUGGGUUCAGGUACCAUCAAAAUCAAAGCCUUGCAGAAAAAAGUAAAUGACGGAGAAUGGUAUCAUGUGGACUUUCAAAGGGAUGGACGAUCAGGUACCAUUUCUGUCAAUACUUUACGGAUACCCUAUACAGCCCCUGGUGAAAGUGAGAUACUUGAUCUUGAUGAUGACUUAUAUUUGGGAGGUUUACCUGAAAAUAAAGCUGGUCUCGUGUUCCCAACUGAGGUAUGGACAGCGCUUCUUAACUACGGAUAUGUUGGAUGCAUCAGAGACUUGUUUAUUGAUGGCCAGAGCAAAGACAUUCGCCAGAUUGCUGAAAUUCAAAGUACAGCUGGUGUGAAACCUUCCUGUUCAAGAGAAACAGCCAGACCAUGUAUUAAUAACCCUUGUAAAAAUAAUGGUGCAUGUAGAGAUGGAUGGAACCGAUAUGUCUGUGAUUGUUCUGGUACUGGGUACCUGGGUCGUUCAUGUGAGAGAGAGGCAACUAUUCUGAGCUACAAUGGAACCAUGUUUAUGAAAAUCCAGCUUCCUGUGGUUAUGCACACAGAGGCAGAAGAUGUAUCCUUACGAUUCAGGUCUCAGCGAGCAUAUGGGAUUUUAAUGGCGACCACUUCACGAGAUUCUGCAGAUACUUUGCGUUUAGAACUGGAUGCAGGACGUGUCAAAUUAACGGUCAAUUUAGAUUGUAUCAGGAUUAACUGUACUUCCAGUAAAGGCCCAGAAACUCUUUAUGCUGGCUCUAACCUCAAUGAUAAUGAGUGGCACACAGUACGUGUGAUCCGAAGAGGAAAGAGUUUAAAGUUAAUGGUGGAUGAUCAACAAGGAAUGACAGGUCAAAUGGCGGGUGACCAUACAAGGUUGGAAUUCCACAACAUUGAGACAGGGAUAAUUACAGAGCGCCGUUACCUCUCUGCCGUCCCUUCAAAUUUCAUUGGCCAUCUACAGAGCUUAACAUUCAAUGGCAUGGCAUAUAUUGAUUUAUGCAAAAAUGGUGACAUAGAUUAUUGUGAACUGAAUGCUAGAUUUGGCUUUAGAAACAUCAUAGCAGAUCCUGUCACUUUUAAAACUAAAACAAGUUAUGUUGCUUUACCCACCUUGCAAGCCUACACUUCUAUGCACCUUUUCUUCCAGUUCAAGACUACAUCACCAGAUGGUCUUAUUCUGUAUAACAGUGGAGAUGGCAAUGACUUCAUUGUGGUUGAAUUAGUUAAAGGAUAUUUGCAUUAUGUUUUUGACUUGGGUAAUGGUGCAAAUCUCAUUAAAGGAAGUUCUAACAAGCCUUUAAAUGACCAUCAGUGGCAUAAUGUGAUGAUAUCAAGGGACACCAGUAACCUUCAUACUGUAAAAAUUGAUACAAAAAUCACCACCCAAAGCACCGCAGGAGCCAGAAAUCUAGAUCUUAAAAGUGAACUAUAUGUUGGAGGUGUUGCAAAAGAAAUGUACAAAACCUUGCCAAAGCUGGUGCAUGCAAAAGAAGGAUUUCAAGGCUGUCUUGCAUCUGUUGACCUAAAUGGACGCCUUCCAGAUUUGAUUGUAGAUGCUCUUUUGUGUAAUGGGCAAAUAGAAAGAGGAUGUGAAGGCCCAAGCACAACGUGCCAGGAAGACUCAUGUGCCAAUCAAGGAGUCUGCUUGCAGCAGUGGGAUGGAUUCAGUUGUGACUGCAGUAUGACUUCUUUUACUGGACAUCUGUGCAAUGACCCUGGCACAACAUAUAUUUUUAGCAAAGGUGGUGGACAAAUUACGUAUACGUGGCCCCCUAACGAUCGGCCAAGCACACGUGCAGAUAGACUGACAAUAGGGUUUAGCACGGUUCAAAAGGAGGCAGUCUUGGUUCGAGUGGACAGCUCUUCAGGAUUGGGUGACUACUUAGAGCUGCAUAUUCACCAAGGAAAAAUUGGAGUAAAAUUUAAUGUUGGAACAGAUGAUAUCUCAAUUGAAGAAGUCAAUGCAUUCAUUAAUGAUGGCAAAUACCAUGUAGUACGAUUUACAAGAAGUGGGGGUAAUGCCACCUUACAAGUGGACAACUUGCCAAUUAUAGAACGUUUCCCUGCAGGAAACAAUGAUAACGAACGCCUGGCGAUUGCUAGACAGCGAAUUCCAUAUCGACUUGGUCGAGUAGUUGAUGAUUGGCUACUCGACAAAGGACGUCAACUGACAAUCUUCAAUAGCCAAGCAACAAUUAAAAUCGGUGGCAAGGACCGGGGACACCCAUUUCAAGGUCAACUUACAGGUCUAUACUACAAUGGCUUGAAAGUUCUGAACAUGGCAGCUGAAAAUGAUCCUAACAUUGUGAUAGAAGGAAAUGUCAGACUUGUUGGUGAUGUGCCUUCAUCUAUGACCACGGAGUCAACUGCUACAGCCAUGCAGUCUGAAAUGUCAACAUCGAUAAUGGAAACCACUACAACACUGGCUACUGGCACACAAAGAAGAGGCAAAAUACCUACAAAAGAGCCCAUUGGUCAGACAACUGAUGACAUAUUGGUUGCUUCUGCUGAGUGUCCAAGUGAUGAUGAUGAGGAUAUUGAUCCAUGUGAGCUGAGCUCAGGUGGGUUAGCAAAUCCAACGAGAGCCGGAGGAAGGGAUAUCCCUGGUUCUGCAGAGGUCAUCAGAGAAUCGAGUAGCACAACAGGCAUGGUGGUUGGAAUUGUUGCUGCAGCAGCACUUUGCAUCCUCAUUCUUCUUUACGCCAUGUACAAGUACAGAAAUAGAGAUGAAGGCUCAUAUCAUGUAGAUGAGAGUCGAAAUUACAUCAGUAAUUCAGCACAGUCAAAUGGGGCGGUGAUCAAGGAAAAACAACCCAGCAGUGCUAAAAGUUCCAACAAAAAUAAGAAAAACAAGGAUAAAGAAUAUUAUGUCUGAUCCCAGCCGCUCUAUGAACAUGUGUAUAGAAAUAGUCUUCAUUUUAUCUGAGACAUAAAAUUAAAAUACUUAUUUACUUUUUAUGAAGCACAUUGAAAAAAAAAAAAAAAAAAAAAGACAGGGAAUGCAAUCAGAAAGGAAAGACUGUUUUUAAAACAAAAACGCAUCUAGUGGUUUUGUUUCCCAGAAACAGGAGCCAAACAAAAUUCCCGACUAUCCAGUGUUUUCAUUCACUCUGCCAAUCUUUUUAUGUUGCUGGAAUGUUAUGGAAAGACAAUUCUGACACCAAGCAUUCUUAAAGCACAGAGAGAUUUACAACAUGAAGGCACAAUAUUAAAAAAAAGCUACCUAUGAUUCUGGAUUCAGCCAAAGUGCUAGCGCUUUCUAUAAAAAAAAAAAGUUUAAUGCCAGUAAAGACUUGUUUGAACUUCUGAUCAUCAGAGGAAAAUGUACUUGUGCAGAGAAACAAUGACAAAAACAUAUUUAAAAGUGCUGGCUUUUCAGAAGACUUAUAUUAAAUACUUUCACAAAGCCCUUUUCUGAUUGGGAAGAAUAUGUUAUGGAGGCCUUAUUUUCAUAAAUGUGGAAUAUAAGGCACUUUUUUUCAAAAUAAAAACCAAGAGGGAUAGAUGCAAUCAUUGGGAAAUUUUCAUGCACGCUUAAUAUGUUAUUACAUAUGUUUAUAUAAAAACACAUCUAUAUGUGCUUUCUGGACUGUGAAAAGUGAUGUUUUAUAGCCUGUUGUAUAGACAAUGCAAAAUAUAUCUGCUCUUCAGCCAUUUUUGGUAAAAUAAAUGUUCUAAGUGUUGCUAGGUAGAGAACGUUUUCUGAUGUCUGAUGCAACAGACCCGUUUCAGUUUUUUGCAGCCAUUGCCAAUUAUAAAUUCCUUUCUUUUUUUUUUCUUUUUCUUUUUUCUGUCUUUUUUUAAGAAUUUUAAUUUUAGUGUGUAUGAAACUGGGGAUGAGUAUGAAUGUACAUAAUAUUGUUAAAGUUUGACAGCACAAUAAACUACAUUCCACUGCAGCCAAGAAACAGUAUGGGACCAGGAAGUAGAAAGGUCUUCUUCAACUCCUGUAUCUUGCUCAAAUAAAAAGAACACUUUCAAUCUAUCAACAAAGGCUCUCCAGACUUCUUAACCUUCUUUACCUAUGUUAACAAUCUCUUUGGGAAUUGUGCUUUUUACACAAUCUUGACAAACAAAUAUACUGUAUAGUUAUCUUAUUUCUUGGAGAAAGUAGAAAUGUUCAUUUAUUUUCUUGCUUUGAAUUUUAUUCUAAACAUAACAAUACAUUAACAUGACAUAAAAUUAUCUUGAAAAUAUAUAAGCAUUAUGUUUCUAUUUAGUCUAUUAAAGACAAUUACAAUAUGAUGCAUUAUAUUAAUUUUACUUUGCUGCCAAACCUAUUGUUAUUUUCUCUCCAAAGAAUUGAGUAUAUUACUUUAACCUUCAAUGCAUGCUUUGAAUAUUUUUGUAUAAAAAAGCGUGCAGUAUCUAAAAGCAAAGUAUUUUAUGUUGUAUUAUUUUUAAGAAAACAUAAUCUCACAUUCUUCAGCUCUGCAUAUUGCAAAUUACAAUAUACAAGAUUAUAGAUCACAUUUUAUAGCUUAAAUGAUUAGCAUAGUUUUUUAGCAGGUAUAUAGCAAAAAACACAGAACAAAAUUCCACACAAAAGGAAAUGCAAAGAGCAUACUUUAGACUGAAAGUGGGUACUUCAAGAUAAAUCAGUCUGCUCCGUUGAGGGCCUCCUGGGAGGAAUAGAGAUGUUCACACAUUAUAGACAGGAAGGAGGAAUUUAAAAUUAAUUUACACAGCAGGGCAACAAAGCAAGAGGUCUUUUUUUUACUCACUCUGUUACUGAUAAAUAAUGCUUGAAGUCCAGACAUGUUCACUCAAGCAUUCAAAAUGCAACACGGUUGAAAACCUAACAGUACGUAGGGCUGCCAAAGACAUUUAAUCCUUUAGAACUGUAUUUGUAAGGGCUUUUUGAUUCAUUUAAGAAAUUGAUAGCUAUAGUAGAACACACCUUAAAAACAAUGCUUAGACGAUCUGCUGUUCUUUAGAAUCACAAAUGGAUACCAAUGUAAGUGAAUUGUACUCAGGGAAAGACAGUUAGUUAAUGCUGGGGUAUGAGAAUGUUAAAAAGCUGCAGUGUAAGAAUCAGCAAGGUUCAAAGGCUAUGUAAAUGCUCAAAGCCCUAAAAUAGACUUGGCAAAAAUAUUCAAAUAAUAUUAUAAAUAUAUAUAUAAAGAAGAGAUAUAAAAAGAGUUUUAACAUAUUGAGUAUAUUACUUUAUAAUAAAACAUUUUUUUUCUUCUUUAAAUCUAAUUCCAAUCAAAACAUUUGUCAAAAUCGAAAUAUAUUGACAAAGUUUAUAUUUUAUAUUUUAUUAUCAUUGUUAAAAAAUUAGUUGAAAAUAUUGCAAUUGUAUCUAUGUAAUAUCAGCUAGCAAUUCAACAUUUCAUAUUAUUGACCUACUAUGAUGAACACAUUUUUUAUUGCCCACUGAUAUGUUGUAACUGGUCUGGAUGAGGUGGCUUAUUUUUAAUCCUGUCAUGUGUUGCCUUUUCUUUUUGACAAAAAACAAAAGUGUGAAAUGGUUCAUCCCCCCAAAAAUCAAGAGGCCCAACACCUCAUAAUCGUAUUUGUGUGAUUGAAUUUAAUUUUGUUGCAAGGCCAAUUUAUCCAUUAUUGGAAAUGCUAAGCAAGUGGAAUUUAUUGUUUUGUUAAUAAAAUGUUUCUUAAUACACAA